UUUUGUCCAUAAAAUUGUCAAGAAAAAAUGACAGAUGAUUUAACCAAAGCUAAAGUUCUCUUCAUUUUUCCUGUUCUAAUGAUUGUGAAGUGUUUCAUUCUGCUUUGUGUUUUUCACCAUCUUUUUCUUGUAUGUUUUUAUGCAUGCUAUGAACACUGUAGUCAGGUGCAACUCAUAAACUUUGCCCAGUGUAACUGUGCUUAGUUACUCAGUAGCCUGUAAUGAGUGUGCUUUACAAGUUACUUGGUUUGAGUGUAUUCCACAUGUCAUUCGAAAGAGGACACUAAAAAAACUAUAUAUUGGAUAGAUUUUCACAUACAACCAAAUCGCAGGACCAUAGUGACCUUUGAUCUGAAGGAUAUCCUGUCUCCGCAAGAAUAGUAAACCAAAGUAGGAAACCUGUCUAAUUCGACUGAGAUGGAAGGUUCAAGUGCAGAAGCAGAGCUAAGUGUAAGUGCAAACAGCAUCGGAAUCACUGAUUUGACUCAGGAUGGAGAUGUUCUGACGUUUGCCAUCACGUCCCAGAAAUUGAACGGAAGUGCCGGGGUGUGCGUGUUUCGAACAUACGAGGACUUUGAUUGGCUUCAACAGAGUCUUUUCUCACAAGAAAAUGUUCCUGGACUUCAGGGAAUUAUAUUUCCGCCUUUGCCCCCUAAAGCAUUUCCAUCCCAGCUGAACAUGCAGACCAAAGCAUUCAAACAACUUGGGUUCCUGGCUCUAGGGCAGGAUUGGCAGAGUUAUUGUAAGGCUUUGGAGUUUUAUCUCCAGCAGGUGGCAACACACCCAACUCUCUGCAAGUGCAAAGCACUGGACAGCUUUCUUAUUAACUCUGAGUCUCCUGGAAAACAGCGAGGCAGGAAAGGAAUCCUUAAUCGCCUUAGUCAGGCUGUGGAGGAGAUGAGAAAAGAAAGUCAUAAGGAUGUGGACAACUUCUUUCAGAAUGAGAGAAAUAGAAACACAAGUAUUGCUGCUUUAUCAAAGGUUGCCACAGAGAAAUUACUUGAUGUUGUGAUUACAGAGCAAAAGCUUGCUUUGGCCUGUGGACAUUUCUCCACAUCUCUUCAUCUUUGUGUGAAUCAUGACGAUGCAGAUGCUGUAGCUUUCUCCAAGGUUUGCUUGAAGCUGUCUGAUAUUAUUGAGGCAGUAAAGCGAAACUAUGAGAAGGUUGCCAUUAACAACCUAACCACUCUUGGUUUGGGUCUGGACCUGGAGUCUCGCUACCAAGAGGCAGAGAAAGAGAUGCUCUUCAGAAGAACCUGUAAACUGAUAGAGCUGGAAACUGUUAAGAAGAGUACAGAAAAAGCCAAGGCCAAUAAGAGAGAAGUGAUGGAGGCAUAUCAAAAAGCUGUUGAGAAAGAGUUCAACCUGAUCUCAUCUGUGGCUAAACAAGAGAUUGAGCGUUUCCAUAGCUCCCGAGUGAAUGUGCUGAAGAACUUCCUGAUUGACUGGUGUGAACAGCAGCUCAACACAGCGAAGGAGUGCGCUGAACUCUAUUCUCAGCAUCUGGAAGCUUGCAGAAAUAUGUAUUCAGAAUGAAUGAAACAUAAACAGGUGGUUUAUGAUCAUAACACAAUUGCUGGUAAUGUAAUCAAACUGUUCUGGGUCUAAAAAAUAGAACUUCAUCAUGAUAUUAUAAAAGUGCUCUGUAAAUUCAGUUUAUUCUCUUAUCUUUUUAAUCACUAGUCCUCUUUAAUCUGAUUGUAAUGUUUCCCAGCUUUUAACACUGAAAAGCCAUCAAAUUUUAGACUAUAGAUUCAGAAGUGAACUUUGUCCUAUGUAAGCUUUGCAGUAAAGCAAUAAAACCCAUGACUGUU